ACAGUCAAGAGCUGUGUUACCUCAGUUGGCUAGGCUAACGUGGUGAUCUAAUGACAGUACUCUAGGCUACUGACCUUACACCACUAGUACUGUAGUACUAACCAGACAGUAGUAAUGUCAGAAAAGGCACAUCUUAUCUACUGUGACGCCUAUUAACGUAAUGUAGUGGCUAACUUGAGUUAAAGGAAACGCUAGGCUGGUUUAGCAACGGUUAACACCACAAAUGUCAUGUUAUUUAUUGGUUUAAUACAAGAACCAAUAAAUACUUGCUCGAGGACAGAUUUUUUUUUUUAAAUCAUUUAUUUUUACCUUGUCGGCUCGGUGAUUACAACCAGCAACCUUGACUCUUGGCUACACGUCUACCCUGCCACUCAGGCCCGUUUCCUCACAAGAAACCCAUUAUGACCUUGCAAAGUUAUAAUUCUUAUGUCGUAGCUCAACACCAGGCCAAACCAAUGAUUCUCAGGGCCAUUCCGUGCCACACAGCUGUGGCGUAACAUCAUCCAGGCGCUGCAGACACAGGUGGAAGUGCGACGUCGGCGGCGCCACCUACGCGUCUACGCAGACUGCUUCACAGGCUCAGACGCUGUGGACGUCGUGCUUAGCCACCUGAUGCAGAACGUCUUCUUCUGCGCCAGCGAGGUGUCCCGCCUCAAGGCCGCCAGGCUCUGCCAAGCGCUCAUGGAAGCCAAGGUGUUCGAGACGGUGGGGACCAAGCUGUUCAGACGAGACAAGGAGGCCAUGUUUGAGGACACAGGCUGCAGUCUUUACCGGUUCCUGGACUGCAACGCACUGCCUGGUUCUGCCAGGAAGGCUGGGGACAUGGCCGGGGACACAGAGAACAUGACCCCAGAGGAACUAGCGGGGAAGACUAAGAAAGGCUCCAGACUGAAUGAGCUGAGGACCAUUUCCAACCCCCUGGCUCUCGGGCCGUCUGACCGGAGGGUGGAGAGGCUCCUGCAGACCAUCAACUUGCAGCCCUCCCUUCCCAAGGUCAUGAACAAAGCACCGUCUACCUUUCUCUCAAAGACUGUGGUGGAGGAGGUGUGGAAGCAGCAGACGCUGCUUCAGCUGUUGCAGACGGUGGAGCUGCCCGUGCUAGACUGCAUCCUGGCGUCCCCGAACCGCGGGGGUCAGUCACACAACCAGGCUACAGCCCUGCCGCCGUGGCAGAACCACCACCAAGACCUGGUCAUCUCCAACACCUGCCUGGAACGCGAGUUGCCCCAGAGCCUCAGCUUCCCGGAGCUGGACGUGUGGCUGGCCGCGGCUGCAGACUGCCUGGAGCUCUUCCCUGACCAGCUGAUUGUUGUGGCGGGGGAGCACCUCCUCCAGCAGGGAGGGACCACCGAGGAGACCACAGGGGUUGACAGACUGGCCGGCCAGAAGAGGCUGCUGUUUGACACCAUGGCCAAGUACUAUGGCAGCCAGGAGAGGGCCCCGCUGCUCACUGGACGCUACCUGGACAUCCACACAGCCAUACUGGACUUGCUUGACAGUGGGAAGGUGGAUGAUGCCAUCAGGGCCUCCCAGCUCUGUCUCCGUCUGCUGGAGCCUGCUGGAAGAGACGAGCUGAGGAGACUCCUCACCUUCAUGGCCACAGCAGCACGCUCAGAUGCCUGCCGCCUGCACAAGCAGACAGACAACAGAGCCCUUGUCAGCCGGACAUUUAUGAGGGCCAUUGUGCAAAAUAAAGAGAUGUCCCGCACCCAGAGUGAGGGGCUGGUACUGUUUCUGAUGGACAACCACACUCAGCUCUUCAAGACACCCUUGUCAUUGGUUGAAUCUGUAAGGAGGAAGCUGCAAACCCUUCAGCAAGGAAGAGACCCUGACAGCGUAGCCACAUUCACGUUCUGCCAGCAGGUGUCACUGCAGCAGUAUGAAGACCAGCAACAGGCGGCCACCCUGGAGAGUCUCAAACAGCUGAUCAGGGAUAUUAGUCUGAGUGGGGGCCUGUCUGUCAAGGAAAGGAGGCGGCUCAUCAAGAACUUCCAGAAGCACCACCCCAUAGUCUUCCUUCAGCACUUCUCUUCCACCUUCUAGGGGAGUGGGGGGGG